GUUGGAGAUAUUCUAAUGGAAUUUAGUGGGUUUCAAGAGAUUGGUUUCGGAUUAGCAUGCCUUGUGAUUUUUGGUUAUCUGUUUUUCGAACUGCACUACUUCGGGCGAUCCCUGCUCUGUGUUUUGCUGGCCAAAUGCAAGAAAAAAGUGCACGUGCUGGACGAGACGAGCAUUAAAGGGAUAUGUCUCACUUCGGACAUAGACACCCUGCUGACACAUAUGAACAACGCCAGGUUUCUGAGAGAGUUGGACUUUGCCAAGAUCGAUUUUCUGGAGAGGACUGGCCUGUUCUACCUGAUCAGGAAGCACAAGGGAUCGAUAUGUCUUGGAGCCACUACUGUUAGAUAUAGAAGAUUCAUCAAGUUAUUCUCUUGUUAUAGGAUUACUUCGAAGAUCAUCUACUGGGAUGAUUGCAGUUUCUACAUGGAGCACCGUUUCAUAGCCUCUGCAGACAACUUCGUAAGCGCAGUUGUACUCUGCAAGACCCGCAUAGCCAACUGCAAUGUAGAGGACAUGAUGAACGAGGCCCUGUUGAUACCUGAAAAUGGCGAUAUAGAAAAUGCCAAGAGAGAAAGGCCCCAGCUGACACCACUGCUCAAAAAAUGGAUAGAGCACAACGAGAUGUCAAGCGCGUUGCUACGCAACGUCAAAACGACUGCCAGUGAUACCACCGAAAUGAACGGAAAUGUCACUAGCACCAUAGAAGUUAAUGGAAAUACAGAUAUCCUAAAAGAAAGCGUCGACCAAAGCAAUUGCAAGGCUGUGGAAAUUGUGGGCUGUACUAACCCCACUUUCAGUGAACAAAUUUAAGAUUUUCCUUCCGUUCUUGAGUUGUCGAUGUGGAUUUUAGAUCAUUUUCUCAUUAAAGUUCCUAAUCUAUGCA